UCUGAGGGGCUCGCUCAACUUCCUCUGUGCGCGUGGAUGUCAACCGCGGGAAACUCGCUAACGAAAAGAGAUCACUACUCCCCAGUCUGUCCUGUGAAAUGUUCCGUUAACAUCCCGGUGGAUGAGCUCUGAGAUGAACGGUCCGCGGAGAGUCAAACUGUUUCUUCUUUCGUGGUAUUCAGUCCUCCAGCUGCUGACAGCACAAGAAGCUCAGAGCCAACUGACAGAGACAGACGGAAGACUACAGAGGAGGGCUAAUGCACUGCGGAGGAAACGGGAUCUCCUAGGGGAGGAGACAUUCAGUCCUCUUCUCUCUGAAGCAGCUCUCCCUCGCAGUGUUCUACAUAAUUACACAGCCCGCGAUGCCUCCUCAGAGUAUUGUGGCUGUCUGAAUGGGGGCUGGUGUCAGGAGGGGGGCGUGUGUGACUGUGCACAGUUCCAGGCCCUCGGAGACCGCUGCCAGAUCAUUCCUAACCAGGGCCAGGACAGAGAUGGGAUAUGCAGGUCUUGGGGUCAGUACCACUAUGAGACGUUCGAUGGCAGCUACUUCUUCUACCCUGGAACCUGCUCCUACAUACUGGCCCAGGACUGCCGCUCAGCCACACCACAGUACACAGUGUGGGUCCAUAACAGCCGUGUGUGUGAGGGCAGUGUGUACUCCUGUCCCAGGGCUCUCAGUCUCUUCUUCCCCAACGAGGAGGAGAUCCACAUCUCUGGAUACCAAGUCCACCAGGGGGGUCGCAGGCUAAUCCUACCCCAGACAAUAGGAGGUGUGUUUAUAGAGCGUCUGGCUGACUACCUGCUGGUGAAGAGCGUGUUUGGCUUCUCUCUGGCGUGGGAUGGGGGGAGCGGAGUAUAUCUGAAGAUGUCUGAACAGCACCAUGGCACCCCCUGUGGCCUUUGUGGGAACUACAACAACCUGCCCAAUGAUGACCUCACCACAGCCCGCGGUGUGCAGACAGAGGAGCCAGCAGUGUUUGCUAACAGCUGGUCAGUCGAUCUGCCCCGUGAAAGAGGCUGCCCUCUAGUGGACAUAGACUUCACUGGACCCUGCCACUCUGAGUCUGACAUGGACGAUGCCAUAGAGAAGUGCAGUGCUCUCCUGUUCUUCCCCUUCCUGUCCUGUCAUGAGAACAUCGACCCAAACCCCUACGUGGCCAGCUGUGUCUCCGACCUCUGUGUGUCAGAUGAGGAGGAGACGUUUUGCCGUGCGCUGGUGGAGUACACACGAGCCUGCAGCCAUGUAGGAUACCCUGUCCGAGAGUGGAGAGACAGCUUCCCUUCCUGCAAUGAUGGCUGUGAGGAGAGUUUUGUCCAUAGAGACUGUAUCAGCUGCUGCCCUCCAACAUGUACCUUUGAUAAGGAGUGUCUAGGAACUAACCUGCACUGUCUGGAUGGAUGCUACUGCCCUGAUGGGUUGAUUCUGCAGAAUGGGACGUGUAUCGCUGUGUCUCAGUGUCCUUGUGUCUACCACGGCACCUCAUACACACAGGGACACACUCUGGAGCAGGGCUGCAGCGUCUGUGUGUGUAUGGGGGGAGUGUGGAACUGCACGGACAACAACUGUACAGCGGAGUGUUCAGUAGUGGGUGACGUGUUUGUGACAUCGUUCGAUGGGAGGAUGUUCCUGCAGCCAGGAGCGUGUCAGUACGUCUUGGCCAAGAGCCGCAGCAGCAGAUUCACUGUUACACUGCAGUAUACCACCUGCACAAAGGCCCAGCAGCAGGUGUGUAUCCAGUCAGUGACGGUGGUUCUGGAUGAAGAUGUUAAUCACCAGGUGACUCUGACCCGAGAGGGGGAAGUGCUUAUUGGGGUCAACCCCGCCUCCGCUUUGCCCUACACCAGUGAUGUAGUUGAGGUACGGAGGUUAACGUCAGUGUUCGUCCAGCUGAGGACGUUGCUUGGACUGCGUCUGCAAUAUGACGGGCGUGGUGGGCGUGUCUAUCUACAGCUGGACAGCCAAUGGCGCAGCAACACCCUGGGCCUUUGUGGAACCUUCAACGGAAACCUGCGGGAUGACUUCCUGUCUCCAGCAGGGAUGAUAGAGGGGACUCCCCAGCUCCAUGCUAACUCCUGGAGAGUCUCAUCUGCUUGCUCUGCCCCCGUCAACCAGCCCAUCAUUGACCCCUGUGAGAUAAAUCAGCACAACGUGUUCUACGCCUCUCUGUGUGAGGUGUUGUUGGGCAGUGUGUUCUCUCCAUGCCAUGGUUACGUCAGUUCCAGUGUGUACCAGCAGCAGUGUCGCUACCAGGCCUGUCGCUGUGGUAACGCCUGUCUGUGUACGGCCCUGGCCCACUAUGCCUAUCUCUGCUCCAAACACAAUGUUACUGUCAACUACAGGGCCCACGUCUCAGAGUGUGGGAUGGUGUGUUUGGGUGGGAUGCUGUACCAGUCCUGUGUGUCAUCCUGCGGCGGAUCAUGCCGCUCCCUCUCCAGUGGAGAGACCUGUAACCAUGACGACUGUGCAGAGGGGUGUGGCUGCUCUGAGGGCAGUUACUACGACGACGUACGACAACGCUGCGUUCAGCCGUCGCAGUGUCAUUGUUACUCUAUUGGAGGGGUGUCCCAGCCAGGGGAGGUGUCCUUCAGCGCCACAGGCCCUUGCCUGUGCAGGAAUGGAAGGAUGGAGUGUGUACCAGAAGAAAGAGAGCCGGAUCGAGGCCGGUGUCCAGAGGGAAAGGUGUUCCACAGCUGCUCUGAGCCCCAGAGGUUACACGGGUUCCAGGGGUCGCCGGCCUGGCGAGGCGGUGUGGCCUGUGAGCUCACCUGUCGGAACCUGAUGUUGAAUAUGACCUGUCCUCCCACCACACCCUGCAUACCUGGCUGUGUCUGCCCACAAGGGCUGGUGCUGCACCGUGGGGAAUGUUACUACCCAGAGAACUGUCCCUGUGCCUGGCUGGGCCUGGAGUAUCUGCCAGGAGAGGCUGUCGACACCCCCUGUUACAGAUGUGUGUGUCACCGGGGUUAUUUUAACUGUAGUCACAGUCCGUGUCCGGCUGUGUGUACGGUCUACAGUGACAGACACUACCACACCUUCGACGGCCUGGAGUACGACUACCACUCAGAAUGUCAGGUCUACCUACUCAAGAGUAUAGAUGGUGAGGUGUCCAUCGUGGCCCAGAAUAAGGAUUGUUAUCAGAGUGGGAUCAUCUGUAUGAAGAUGCUGGUCAUCCAUGUUGGAUUCACCAAGAUCUACUUCAACGACAACUCAGGCCAGCCUAGUCCAUCCAGUGUGGUAGGUAAAGGGUCUGAAUUUGAGCUGUGGUCAGCAGGCUACUACACAGCAAUCCACUUUCCCUACCAGGACCUAACCAUUCUCUGGGACCGCAAGACGACCGUACACAUCAGAGUUGGACCACACUGGAAGGGUCUCCUGAGUGGUCUGUGUGGGAACUUUGACAGUGUGACAGUGAAUGACAUGACCACAUCCAGCCACAUGGAGGUCAGCAAUGCUCAGGGCUUCGGAGACAGCUGGGCCCUGGGACAGUGUGAGAGUGACUAUGUGGUGAAGAGAGCGUGUGAAGGAGACCUGGGUAGACAGCCGUACGCCAAGAGAGAGUGUGCUCUUCUCUACAGUGAUGUCUUUACUCCCUGUCACAAUGUGGUGGAUGUCUCAUGGUUCUAUAUGAACUGCUUGACAGACACUUGUAACUGUAAUCGGGGCGGAGACUGUGAGUGUCUGUGUACGUCCAUCGCUGCCUAUGCACACACCUGCUGUCAACACGGUGUUACUGUGGUAUGGAGAAACCCCUCUGUCUGUCCCUAUGACUGUGAAUACUACAACCAAGAGUUAGGUGAAGGUCCAUUCUCAGUGGCCAGUGCUGUGUUUAAUGGUACAGUCUUCGGUGUGAACAGAACCAGUGGGUCAGUCUUUCCUCUAGUUAGGGAGUUCGUAGGUGGGCUGCCUCCCCCUGGACUACUCUUUAACUUCAUGAUCACAGCAGGACUACAGAAGGACCGCACAUCACGUCUCCCGGUGAUCUCUCUGGAGUCAGCGGAGCGUCCUAACUACUUCCUGGUUGUUUCGGACCGCGCUGGGCUGCGGUUGGAGCAGUGGACAAGAGGGGAGAAGUUUGGCCGCAGGGCUUCCUUCCUACAGCACCAGGGGCUGUUCCUGCCUGGCCACACCUCCUUAGAGCUGAUUGGUCAGCCGGGAGUGUUCCUGACACUGACACGCACAUCUGCACGCGCUCAGAGAUACGACAACUCAGACAACUUCAAGACCAGCAGCUCCUUUACCCUGGAGGAGAGCAGUUUUGUGAUCCCGUUCCGUAUGAUGUGUGAAUGGCGCUACCAUGCAUGUGCCAGUCCUUGUGUUCGUACAUGCAGCGACCUCGCCGCAACACGCUGCCACUUCCUGCCCCCGGUGGAGGGCUGUUUCCCUCGCUGCCCCAAAAACAUGGUUCUUGAUGAGGUCACCAGGAGAUGUGUCUACAAAGAGGACUGUGUGUCCCUUCCUCCCACUCCUACACCCUAUGCCUUCGUAAACCAAACAACCACCACCCCAACUACUACCACAACAGCCCCCACUACUACCACUACUACCACUACAGCCCCCACUACUACCACUACAGCCCCCACCAGUACCACUACAGCCCCUACUACUACCACUACAGCCCCCACUACUGCCACUACUACCACUACAGCCCCCACUACUACCACUACAAGCCCCACUACUACCACUACAGCCCCCAUUACUACCACUACAGCACCCACUACUACCACUACAGCUACUACUACUAUCACUACAGCCCCCACUAUUACCACUACAGCCCCCACUACUACCACUACAGCCCCCACUACUACUACUACUGUUAGGCCUACUAGUACUGCUACUACUACAUCUAGAACCACUACUAGGACCACUACUACUAGUAGCAGAACUACAACCAGUGCUGCCUCUACAACUGUUACUGCCACCAGAGCCCCCACCACUCCCAGUACAGCCCCAUUGACUGAGCGUUUCACCCACACACUCACCCCUGCUCGCUCCCCCUCUCCUCCUCUCCCUUCCCUGCCCUCACCCUCCACCCCCACUGUGACCGAGCACACCACUUCACCUGCAGUCUUUCCCUCUGUCUCCCCCUCUUCCUCACCCACCACUACUAGUAGCACCACAGGGGUCAUGACCCUGACCCCUUCAGAGGUCACUACAGUAGCCACCCCUACUCCCCCCAGCCUGGCAGUGACUGACUCCACCACUCCACAUCCUCCCCCUUCUGCUACCCCUCCCCAGCCUUCCACCCAGUCUUCUAUCUCUCCCCCAGCCACUACCUCCUUCCUCACCUCCUCUCCCCCUCCUCCUCUCUCCCCCUCCACCCACACCCACACCCCAACCACCACACAAACACAUCAUCCUGUUCCUACGCCCACAGAGACCAUCUCUGUAUUUCCAGUUGUAUAUGACACCUCCUCUGUUACCAUGUCGACAUCACCCCCAGAGACGACGGAGUUCAUAACCACGGAAACAUCCACCAGCACAGACUUCUCUCCUACACCUGAGGCAGUCAGCAUGCCAACAGUGCUGCCCCCCUUCCUCCUGCCCACCGCCCCAUGCACACCCCCGUACUCCUACCGUGUAGAUGAGUGUACAGAGCUGAUCUGUUUUAACGGGGAGCUGCUCCUCCAUAACUCCUCCCUCCACUGUCGGUACAACACCACUCCUCCUCGCUGCUCUCUGCUGGGCAUGGCUGUCCUCACCAACACCGAUCCCUGCUGCCCACUCUGGCAGUGCCCCUGUCGCUGCUCGGUGAUGUCAGACCUGCGUGUGAUAACGUUUGACGGUAACAACGUGGCGCUGUAUGAUAAUGGCUCCUACAUCCUGGUCUACCUGCCCAGAGAGAACAUCAUAGGAACAGUGGAUAAAUGCCCUACCAGCCAGAGCGUCAACUCCAUCAGACGACCGAGCCCUAGUGGUGGGACGUCAGGUUUGUGUUUUAAGAAGUUGAACAUCACCACUCCGUCCUACAGGAUUAUCAUCAACCGCCUAGACCGCAAGGUGUCAGUGAACCACAUCAAGGCACGGCUGCCUUUCUCCCGCCAGGCUCUGUCAGUAGAGGACACAGGCAGUAUGUACCUGAUCACCACUCCUGAAGGAGUCAACAUACAGUGGUACCACAGCACUGGCAUCAUGGUGCUGCAAUACACUGCCCCCUCCAACACAUCUGCUCCUACUAGAGGCCUCUGUGGGUGUUGUGACGGGAACCCGGCGGAUGACCUGAAGCUGCCUAACGGUACGGUGGUGAGGGAGGUGGCAGACCUGGGUCUAUUCCUGCAGGCCUGGAGGGUCCACACCUCAGAGGACACGGAACACACACGACGCAUCGGAGACAACUGUACCACUGGAGACUGCUCUACCUGUCUCUCCAUGCUCAGACAGAGACCCUUCACUCCCUGCCACAGCAAGGUGUCUCCAGAACAGUUCUGUGAUGUGAUGUGGGCAGGCGACCUCCACUAUAAGGCCCACCAGUGUGACUUCCUGGCAGCCUACGUAGCUGUCUGCUACACUUACCAAGUCUGCAUCAACUGGAGACGACACAACUUCUGCCCAUUGAGGUGUCCCCCAGGUAGGGAGUACCAGGCGUGUGUGUCGACCUGUACCACCCGGACCUGUCAGAACAGAGAGUUCUAUGAGGAGACCACCUGCUCCCACAUCCGAGAGGAGUGUGUGUGUCGCUCUGGAACCAUCCUGCACCGAGCAGACUCCUCUUACUGCGUCACAGAGGAGCAGUGUGUGUGUACUGAUAACGAGGGGUCUCCGCGGGCCCCUGGGGAGGUGUGGAACGGGUCAUUGCGUAGCUGCUGUCUGUUCCGCUGCCUGGAGAACGGUUCUGUGGUAGCAGUAGAACCUGACUGUAGCAUUAGUCCCACUCUGCUGUGUGAGAGGGAGGGAGAGUACGUACUGGAUGUCCUGGAGGAGGGGGCUUGCUGCCCCAAGCAGAUUUGUGAAUGUAAUCUGACCAUCUGUGAGAGUGAGGCUCCGCCCUGUGAGAAUGGGAACCAGCUGGUGAUUGGUUACAGUGCCCUGUCCUGCUGCCCAGAGUACCGUUGUGAGUGCGACCCCCAUGCCUGUCCCCCCCUCACCGCCCCUGAUUGUAGAGAAGAUCAGUUCCUAGUGGAGGUUCGUGAGGACAACUCCUGCUGUUACACCUUCCUGUGUGUGUGUGAGUCGUGUAUCGAGCCCGUGCCGUCCUGUUCUUAUGGAGAGAUACUGGCUGUGGAUCUGAACACCACCCACAGCUGCUGCCCUCAAUACCACUGUGUGUGUGACGUGAACCUGUGUCCUGAGUCGACUUUGAGCUGUUCUCCUGGUCUGUCUCUGAUCCAAACAACCCUACCUGGACACUGCUGCCCCGACCGUCACUGUGAGUGCCACUGUGAGGACAGCCCAGUCUGUCAGGUGGGGGAGGUACAGGUGGAGGUCGCAGACAGCAGAAGCACCUGUGGCUGCCCCCUCUACACCUGCAAGAAGGCGGAGGUGUGUGUGUUCCAGGGAGUCACGGUGCUGGGUCCGGGGCAGAGCCUGAUUCAGUACUAUGAAGGAGAGCUGUGUUACACCGUCCAUUGUCUGACACAUCGUGAUACACACACUGGAUACUACGCCAUGGAAGUGUCCGCUGUCAACUGCUCUCAGAAGUGUGGCCAGCACCAGCUGUACGUAGCAUCAUCAGAUCCUCAGGUGUGCUGUGGCUCCUGUAAGAAUGUCUCCUGUUCUUUCAACAAUCACAACGGAACCACUGAGCUCUUCACUGCAGGGAGCUCCUGGGUGGAUAACUGUACGCGGUAUGAUUGUGUUGAGACGACAGUGGGAACUGUGAUGCUGGCCUCAGGGGUGGUCUGCCCCCCCUUCAAUGACACAGAGUGCACUCAGAAUGGGGGCGUGGUCCAGAGCUAUGUGGACGGCUGCUGCAGGACGUGUAAGGAGGACGGCAAGACGUGUAAGCGUGUGGCAAUCCGAACCACCAUCAGAAAAGACGACUGCAGGAGCAACGCACCGGUGACAGUGUUUUCAUGUGAUGGGAAGUGUCCGUCUGCCACCAUCUUUAACUUCAACAUCAACAGCCACGCCCGCUUCUGUAAGUGCUGCAGGGAGAGUGGACUACAAACCCGCUCCGUCACCCUGUACUGCUCACACAACGCUACCCUGGUGGUUUACAGCUUCCAGGAGCCUGUCGACUGCUCCUGCCAAUGGAACUAAAGAGAGAGCGAAGCUAGUCAGUGUGAGCUCCAUUAUGGAGUUCAAUAGGAGGGAUGGAAAUGGAACAGAGGUUAGAGGUCAGAGUAGACAGGUCAAGCGUCCAGGUAGGCGAGUUCUUUAGUCUUCCUUCAGUGUGUUGUGGAGGGCUGUAUGCUGACCUGUUAUAGUGACCCUGUCGUUACAGAUAUGUAGUGGUCAGAUGUGCAGGGCUGUAACCUGUUCCUGCUGUACUAUGAUAACACUAGGCCUAUCUGUACUCCUGUAGCCUGCUCCUCCUCGUGUGUAACACUAACUGGUCCUCUCGGACUUUAACAUGUUUAGAUCAGUUGGUCUGAGCUGACAAGACCGCUGCUGCUUUAGUAUGGAUCUAGUGGUCUCUUGAUGACUGACAUGUUUUAUAUGCCAAUCAAAUUUCUCUUACAAAAUAGGUUGUUUUUUUUACAAGUGUAAAGCUUUUAUCCAAAAAUAUUUGUAUUUAACUCAAUCAAUUAUUUAGUAAGGUGAUAAUCCACCUGAGCAUCUGAUGGUAGAUGAUCUGUAUUUCAACAGAACGCUGUAUUUGUUGUGUUGUUUAAUGUGAAGCAUUGUGCCAGUAAUCAGUAUGUGCUGAUGCCAUCAGAUAGACUAGAGUCUCUAGUCAUACAGAA